AUGAGAUUUCCAAAGGCUUCACUCGAAGGGAUUGUUGCAUCCUGGAGGGCUGUCGGCCAAAAGAAACCUUGCCGAAACGCUUUGCCGCAGCUGGCCACCAAGGCCGCCCGCAAGUCCGCCCCGGCCACCGGCGGCGUUAAGAAGCCCCACCGCUUCCGCCCCGGUACCGUCGCGCUCCGCGAGAUCCGCAAGUACCAGAAGAGCACCGAGCUGCUAAUCCGCAAGCUCCCCUUCCAGCGCCUCGUCCGGGAGAUCGCCCAGGACUUCAAGACCGACCUCCGCUUCCAGUCCUCCGCCGUCUCCGCCCUGCAGGAGGCCGCCGAGGCCUACCUCGUCGGGCUGUUCGAGGACACCAACCUGUGCGCCAUCCACGCCAAGCGCGUCACCAUCAUGCCCAAGGACAUCCAGCUCGCCCGCCGCAUCCGUGGCGAGAGGGCCUAA